AUGUCGAUAGUAACUCAAGGAAUCCGCGAUUUAGUGAAGAAAGCCAUUGCCGACAACAAAGUCAUGGUUUUUAGUAAAUCCUAUUGUCCCUACUGUAUGAGAGCAAAGGAUCUAUUUGAUGAUCUUGACGUCGAUUACAAAGCGAUUGAAUUGAAUGAGGUGAAUGAUGGUGAAGCUAUUCAAAAGGCUUUGGCACAAUUAACAAAACAGAACACAGUGCCCAAUAUCUUUAUUGGUCAAAAACAUGUGGGUGGAGCAGAUGCUCUCAAUUCCUUGUUCGCUUCAGGAAAACUCAAAACUUUGUUAAACGAAGCAGGCAUUUCUGACGCCAAGCUCUAA